GCGUACAAAAAGUACCUGAGGAAAUUUGGAACAGAAAGGAGCAUUGAGGGACUGGAAGAAUACAAUAAUGAGCAAAUGUUUUUCAUAGGCUUUGCCACGGCAUGGUGUGGACAUUCGACAACGGACUCAUUGAUCAAUCUUAUUCUCACCGAUCCUCACGCUCCUCAGAGAUAUCGUGUAAAUCAAGUACUGGCUAAUCAACCAGAAUUUGCUACCGCAUUUAAAUGUGCUGUCGGUACACCAAUGAAUCCGAGGGAACGAUGUGCCGUCUGGUAA